AUGCCUGGUGCCGAUCAGUGCACAGUCGGGACCGGCUGGAGGCGGGCUGUUGCUACUGCUGCGACUGCGGCGUCGACAGAUCUGGAUACAAGCAGCAGCAUGGGUCGUUCGGGCACCGGGCUGCGAGCCGCCGCGUGGAUGGAGGAAGCACAUGCCUGCCUUGGCUCUCGACAGCGCUGCGGAUGGCGAUGCCGUCGCGGCACACGGUCGUGGGCGCCUAGCUCGUUAGCCUCUGGAACGAAUGACGCUCGAGACCGUCGACGAGACGAGGUGGAUGAAGCGGCGGCGAGAAGAAGCUUAAAAACGAGGUCUACCGGACGACACCGCCCGUCGAUGAUUGGACACGCCGUACCGUACCGGCGCUCUUUUUUUAGAGAGGUCGAUUUAGACUGCCAGCUUAGUGCGCCGCGCAUCGCAGGAGACUGGCCCAUCUUGGCAAAAAAGAUAAGGCCCCCGAGGAGGGGGUCCAAUUCAACGCAGACGAGGGCGCCUCAGCUCGCCACCGGCACCCGCCAGCUCUACAUCCGCUUCGACGACGAAGCCUCCCAAGCUUCCUCCCCUGCAAAGGCGACGAGACCGGCCGCGCCAACUUGGACCUCCUCCUCUGGCCCGCCCAGAAUUGGUUCGUCUUGCACUUUCGCUCGUAUUGCCGCUGCGCCAUGCAUACAUACGCGCGCCCGCUGA